CAGAGCGAGUCGCUGCAGCCUAUGAAAAUCAUGAGAUCCAGCGUCAAGCUAUGUCUAAUCCUCGGAAUCGCAGGGGCUCUAGCUUUGGCCAAACAGCAGGGCCAAGCUGUCUUCUCGGUACCCAAGACAUUAUCGACCCAUCAACAUGGCAUGUCAAUGAAAGAGGUCUUUGGAGUCCUGUUCCCGUUCAAGAGUCCGGCGUAUAAUUCGGUCCUCGCUACGUUCUACAUCUCCUCCGCACCCAAUCUCAUCCUCCUGGCUGUACCCUCCGAUCUGGAUCCAAGCUCAUUAAAUACGAUGAUCGCCUUCGCGACGGGUGGUCUGCUUGGCGACGUCUUCUUACACUUGGUCCCCCAUGCAUUCUUCGGAGAAUGCCAUGACGAGGGGCAUGAGCAUCACAGGGCCAUAGUUGUUGAGGAGAAGAGGAACAUCGUUGUCGGAGCGUCCAUCUUCCUGGGGUUCAUGGCGUUUUUCAUGCUGGACAAGACAAUGAGGGUACUGAGUGCAUCCUCAGGAGACGAGACCCCGGGUCAUGGUCACGGUCAUGGUCACAGCCAUUCACAUUCCCAUUCGCAUUCGCACUCUCAUGCCACAAGCAGCGGAUCUUCGAGCGCUGUGAAAGGAGACAACGACCUCCGUCAACGGAAGUCAACGAAGGAGGUAUCAAGUUCCGUUGUCUCUGCUCCACAGGACCAACCCAAAGUCAACCCUUCAUUGAAACUCUCUGCUUGGCUCAAUCUUUUCGGGGACUUUACGCAUAAUAUCACUGAUGGCCUGGCUAUGGCCGCUUCGUUCUAUUCUUCGCCAGCUCUGGGGGCAGUCACGACCAUCGCGACAUUCUGCCACGAGAUUCCUCACGAGAUCGCCGAUUACUCGAUCUUGAUCAAAUCUGGUUUCACAAAAUCCCAAGCUCUCGGCUCUCAAUUUUUCACUGCCCUCGGCGCAUUCCUAGGUACCUUCCUAGGCAUCUGGAUCGCCGAAACGUCAGGAGCGGCACACCAUACCAAAUUACCAAUCGGUCAAGGGUUCUUCGGUACAAGUGUUGGAGCGAGUGAACUGGUCAUCCCAAUGACAGCAGGGGGCUUUCUGUACAUUGCCAGUGUCAGCGUUGUCCCUGAAUUAUUGGCGGAAUCGAGAAGCGCUACUCAAGCCCUGAAGGAGUAUUCUGCCAUGGCGUUUGGCGUCUUUUGCAUGGCUGUCAUUGCAUGGAACGAAUAGCAGCAGAAUGAUGGAUAGUCUCUAUGCAUGCCCCAACAAAAAUACAUUUUGCUUCCGCUCCCAAUGGAGGUGCUUUUUUUUGCCUUCUUGCGGACAAUUUCCGAACGCCCA